AUGCGUAUUUCCAGUCUGUCGUUUUCUCUGACGGGCUUGUCCCUGUUGGGCACAGCUGUUGCGCACCCUUAUUAUGCGCAGCAGGAGGGACAGGUUCAACGUCGCCAAGAUGCUCAAGCUAGCCAGAGGGCUGAAGCAGUAAGGGAGGCCUUUCAGUUCGCAUGGAACGGAUAUUAUAGAUAUGCCUUCCCUCAUGACGAACUUCAUCCGGUGACGAACGGCUAUGGCGACUCGAGAAACGGGUGGGGCGCAUCUGCAAUUGAUGCACUCUCCACGGCGCUGGUGAUGCGUCUUCCCGAUGUAGUUGACGAUAUUCUGAACUAUGUGCCGACCAUUGACUACUCGACGACGUCGCAAGAGGUUAGCCUCUUCGAAACCACGAUUAGAUACCUGGCUGGCAUGCUGUCUGGAUAUGACCUUCUCAAGGGACCGCUAUCCGAUCUGGCGACCAAUCCUGAUGCUGUAGAGGCUCUUCUGACCCAAUCGAAAAACCUGGCGGAUGUCUUGAAGUUUGCGUUCGACAGCCCUACCGGAAUUCCCUAUAAUAAUAUCAACAUUACUUCCAAGGGAAACGAUGGCGAGACCACUAAUGGUCUUGCGACCAUCGGCAGUCUCGUGCUGGAGUGGACACAUCUCUCGGACUUGACUGGCGACCACCAAUAUGCGGAGCUCAGCCAGAAAGGAGAAUCAUACCUCCUGAAUCCAGAGCCUCCAUCAGCAGAGCCCUUCCCCGGGUUGGUCGGUAGCAACGUCAACAUCGACACGGGGCUCUUCGCUGACGGCGAUGUCAGCUGGGGCGGCGGCGAUGACUCGUUCUACGAGUAUCUGAUCAAAAUGUACGUCUAUGAUCCAAACAGGUUCUCGACAUACAAGGACCGAUGGGUUGCUGCGGCUCAGUCCACCAUGCAGCAUCUGAAAUCGUCGCCCUCUUCCCGUCCAGAUCUCACAUUCGUAGCGACCUACAGCAACGGCACCUUGGGUCUGAACUCUCAACAUCUCACGUGUUUCGAUGGCGGCAACUUCCUGCUGGGAGGUGACGUCCUGGGAAUCCCAGACUUCAUUGAUUUUGGCCUGGAACUUGUUAAUGGAUGUCACGAUACAUAUAUCGAGACAGCUACAAGGAUUGGCCCCGAGCAGUUUGGCUGGGAUGCGAACUCUGUCCCCGCGGACCAGCAACAGUUCUAUGAAAGGGCAGGCUUCUACAUUGAGAGCGGGGCCUACAUUCUCAGACCUGAAGUUAUUGAAAGCUACUACUACGCUUAUCGCAUUACAGGCGAUCACAAAUACCGUGACUGGGCGUGGGAUGCAUUUGUCCACAUCAACGCGACAUGCCGCGCCAAUUCCGGUUUCUCAGGCAUUACAAAUGUCAAUGCCGUUGGGGGCGGCUCAAAGGACGACAACCAGGAAAGUUUCCUGUUUGCUGAGGUCAUGAAAUACUCUUACUUGAUUCAGGCUGGCGAGGACGAAUGGCAAGUCAACGCCGACGGCAAAAAUGAAUGGGUCUUCAAUACCGAGGCGCAUCCAAUCAAGGUUGCUGCUGUGGCGUAA